CUUUCCGCUCCUUCCAAUAAUCGUGCUUGUAGAAAAUGCGGCUGGUGAGAUGUUCGACUUCGUGGGGGCGCAGCGUGUCACCGGCGAGGCGUGAAAUGUAACAUAAGAUGCCCAUUAGACAUCUGAGUGUGUUUCCACAGCUCUAUCGUGACGAUGAGACGAAUAGACAGUGAGAGAGACCACAACAAAGCUCGAGCGGGCAACAUGAGCGCGUUACCGCAGUGGAUGCGCAUGUAUUUCUACGGGAUGCACGGAGUCACUCUGGACAUCCUGAUGUCUUCUGUGCGCAGGUUUCAGGAUGACAACGACUUCAGAUUGUUGGGCUUCUCCUCGCCUUAUUUGUGCAUCGUCCACUCCAUCACGCAUUUGCUUUUGGAGAAGAUCUACCUGCAGAAGGAAUGCUUCCGAGGGCGACCCGUCGUGUUCCAUCUCGUCUUCUAUCCAUCCCUGUACAUCUGCUUGCAGAUUUUAAUCGGGAAUGUGGUGUCUGUCACGCAGCUGGUCUUGCAUUAUAUCCUUGCGUUAUACUUCACUAAUGUCUUUCAUAAACGCUUCCUGUGUAUGCAGUAUCACAAUAACCGGGUGUUGGUGAGAUCAUCGUACCCAAACGGGUUACCGGGCAUCCUGCGCUUUGUCUUCUUCGGGAUGCACGGCUUUCUGGAUGAGGUGGUGUUCACCUCGGUGUUCAACCUGUUCGACAAAGCAGACGGGACAUUGACGGGUCACACAUCCCUGUGGUCCUUCUUCAUGUACGGAAGCUGCAGCUUUGUGGUGGAGAAGCUCUACCUCCAUUUGCACUUCAGAAGAGGAUGGGGCACCUGGCAGAGGUUGCCCAUCUACAUCUGCUUCAUUUACACAUGGGAGUUCAUCUGGGGCUUCGUGCUCAGACAGUUUGGCGCGUGCUCGUGGGACUACUCGCAUUAUCCUCUCAAUUUCAUGGGCCUGGUCACAUUGCUGUAUCUGCCCGGAUGGGUUUGUCUCAGUCUGUAUCAGGACGUCUUGUCCAAUAUUCUGUUGAGGGUUGUCUGUAAUAAAAAGGAUGAGGGGAUGCCAGCCUGUGGUGCCAAUGGGAAGCCUGAAACAGAAAAAUUGGGCUUUUCCUAGUGUAUACUCCUGGGAACCAUCAAAAAGGGCACUGGGAAUUUUUUUGUAUAAAAUAUUAUUAUUAUUAUUAUUUAUUUUAAUUUUUUUGGUAACAGGUUGUAUUUGUUAGCAUAAGUUAAGCUCAGUGGACAGCAUUUGUGGCAUAACGUUGAUUUGCGGCAUAAAAAAAAUCAUUUCGAUGACUGCCUCCUUUUCUCUAGAGAAAAAAAGCAAAAAUUGUGGUUCCAGUGAGCAGGGGCGGAUUAUGACUUGCAAGGGCCCCGAGGCCAAUUUUCUUUUUAUUUAACAAAUACAGUAGGCUCCUACAGUAUCUAUGCAAGGGUUUGGUGAAAUUCAGGCAGUUCUGGCCUACGUUGCUAUAUCUUUUCUAACUCAUCUGAAUGAUGGGGUGUGUUCCUGUUUCCUUCAAAGACUUUACCCUCCAUUGUGAGAGCUUUGAAGGGCUGAAAGGUGUUGGGCUCAAAAAUAGUGGUCAUUUGGUCAUUUUUGGGGAAAUUCUGUUUGGAACAACCCUACAGCUUACCUACCAUUAUUAGUCUUUCAUUUAAAAAAAAAACCAGCUACAGUAUCAUUUAAGCCUUUUCAAAGUGUCCAAAAAUCCCCUAGACUACAAUACAUUAACAGAAUAUUUAAAUGAGCUAUGAGUCCAUUUUGGAAUGUUCGUAAUUUCAAACUUUCAAAACUUUCACACAAGUCCUUUAAAGGUGCUGUAAGCGAUUUUAUCAUUCUGAAGCUUUCACGUGACUGAGCCAUUGUAUUAGCCACGCCCCCUCAUUCCAAAUCCCCGCCCUCCAAAUAUAAUUUGGAGACCAAAACAGAACAAAAGAGCAGCAUUGUUUGUUCCUGUGGCUGUCAAAUUCAACAGUGGCACAAUAGCAUCCUCAACUGACAAACAUUAUGAGUCAUAGCCUCAGUGAUCUGCUUCAAAUACAACACUAUGAGAACGAGCAGAAUGAUUGACAGGUGAAAAGCAUCAAUGUCCACGGACACAUAUUUGUUUGCUGUUUACAAAGUCUACAGCUGUCACAGAGACCGGUGAGAUAUCUCAGGACACUUAUUUCAUUAAUAUCUUUAAUGGAGUAGGAACAUUUUUUGCAUAAUUUUCCAUGAAAAAAUCACUUACAGCACCUUUAAUCUACUUUAAGAUGCUCUCUUCUUUCUUACUUACUGUUAAACCUGUAAAAAUGUCUAACUUCAAGCAUUUAAAACUAUUUUAAACUUUCAGACAAGGUUUUGUCAAACCAACAUUAUAGUUUGUCUCAACAAACGUUACGUAUCUAGUUUAAUCAGUACUUUUGAAUCACACAAAGUAAAAUAUCAGUAUUUUCUUUUUCCCAACCACCUCAGCCAAGUUAUUUGUUUGUAAUGUAGGUCAAACAUGCAGUUGUAGCAAUGAAUAAUAUAAUAAACGUUUGUGUUCGACAGCCCUUUUACACAAAGAAUAUAGCUUAACCCUACAAAGCCUAACAUAUGAAAAAAUAUUCAGAAAAUUAUAUUUUUUAAACCUAUUUUUCUGUAAAAUAAUGACAUUUAAAGCACAUGUUGUUUGAAUUCAAUAAAUACUCAUUUUGAAAUAUCAAUAACAAUAUAAACGUUAUUGUUCAUUUUACUUUAUCAAAAUCAGCAAAGAUUUCACAUAAAAAAGAUGAGUGCAUCAAAGUAUGAAGGUAGCUGUUUUGGAAAUUAUUUUACAAGGUCUUCUAUUUCCAGAAGAGCAUGUAAACUUUCACCAGGCGGCGUUAUAAGAUUAAAGAGUGGCUCAAAAAAUUUAAUUAGAAACAGAAAGGCAAAAAGGUCCUAUAAGUCCCCCCAAAUAGUCACAGGGACCUGUUGAGGGGGCCUUGUAUAAGCUGUGGGGCCCACAUAUUUAAGCAUAUGCAAACAUUUGUUUUCAAAGUUGAUGGGCCACGAGAACUUGCAGCCCAGAGCCCCCAACCCCUGGUAGUCAAGGGCCCCUGGGCACUAGCCCCAUUGGCCUGGUCCUUAAUUCACCUAUGCCAGUGGGGCACUUACAAUGGAAGUGAAUUGGGCCAAUUUUUGGAGAGUUUAAAGACAGAAAUGUGAAGCUUAUUACUUUAUAAAAGCACUCACAUUAAUUUUUCUGUUAAAAUUUGUGUAUUAUUAUUUGAGCUGUAAAGUUGUUUAAUCGGUAAUUACAGGGUUUGCGGUAUGUCGUCAUGUCAACAAAGUUGUACAAUUAGAUAUAACUUUAUACAGAUAAGGUUAGUAGGUGAUUUUAUUACACUAAAAUCAUGUUAAAUGAAUAGUUCACCCAAAAAUGAAAAUUCUCUCAUCAUUUACUUACCCUCAUGCCAUCCCAAACGAACACAAAUGAAGAUUUUCAUUAGAAUAUCUCAG